CCAUCAAAACAACAGAAAUCAGAUUCUCAUGAAGAAAAAAAAGAGUAUAUUCUGAGCGAUCGAACAAUCGAUCAUACCCUAAACCCAGAGGCUGCUAUUCAAAAUCUGCAGCCUGCAAUGCAAUGGGCCAAUGGCUAAUCGUUAUGGGAUUCACUUUGAAGCUUUUCUUUUUCACCAGCCAAGGUCUCAUGAAGAAUGAGAAGCUUAGGUGGUGUAGGACUUACUCUUACUUCAAGGCUUAGAGGCUUUGUUCUUUCAACAACCAAACCCAGAGCCUUCCAUGCAAUCUCCAAAGACCAACUCCAACUCUACGCUUCCAAAUCCUGCUCUUCAUGCUCUAAUCUCUCGGUGGGUAAAGACCCAACUUCCAUUGUCGCUGCUCUUUCCCUCUCUGAGACUUCAAAGUCAUGUUUCCUUGGUACCCAAAUCCAUUCCCAUAUCAUCAAGUUGGGAUUUACUGAUGACAUUUUUUUGUUGAAUAAUUUGAUCAAAAUGUACUCAAAAUGUGGGCUUGUGGGUGAUGGAUUUAGGGUGUUUGAUAAAAUGCUUGACAGAAACCUUGUCACUUGGACUUUGAUGAUCUCGGCUGCCGUCCAAGAUGGUCAAUUUGAAUGGGGCUUGGAGAUUUAUUUGGGAUUAAUAAGAAGUGGGUUGAGGCCGAAUGAAUUCACUGUUGGCAGUGUUCUCAAGGGGUGUGCAGAGUGUGCUAGUACCAAAGCAUAUGAAUUUGGCAUGAGUGUUCAUUGUUUUGCUUUGAAAGUUGGGAUUGAACAGAGCUUCUAUGUGGGCGGUUCUGUUUUGAACAUGUAUGCUAAGUUGGAGGAUAUUGAAUCGGCUAAAGGGGUGUUUGAGUCUAUGUCCAAUCUUGAUACUGCUGGUUGGAAUACUAUGAUUGGAGGGUAUGCGCAAUGCGGCUAUGGCCUCGAAGCCUUGAAGGUUCUAUCUUUGAUGGUAUGGAGAGGGAUAAGCAUGGACCAGUUCACCUUUGUUAAUGCUCUUAAGGGGUGCUCUGUUAUGGGAAAUUUGGAUUUUGGGAAGCAACUUCAUGGAUUGAUCAUCCAGAGUGAGAUGGAAUUUAGUACUUCGGUAGUGAAUGCUCUUUCUGAUAUGUACUCUAGAAAUGGUAAGAAGGAUGCGGCUUUGAAAGUUUUCAAUAGGAUACAAGCAAAAGAUGUUAUAUCGUGGAACACCGCGUUCGGUGUCUUCUCUGAAGACAAUAAUACAAGAGAAAUUGGAAAGUUAGUCCAUGAGUUCAUGCUAGCAAACAUGAAACCUAACCAUGUCACUUUCUCAAUCUUGUUUAGACAAUGUGGGGAGCUACUUGAUCUGAACCUUGGGCUUCAGUUUUACUCUCUUGCAUUACAAUUUGGAUUCUGGAAUGAAGCUAAUGUUAGAAGCUCAAUAAUCAAUAUGUUUUCUAGAUGUGGGGCUAUGGACAUGGCACGCUUGUUUUUUGACAGCCUACUUGACAAAAACUUAACUUCUUGGAACGAGUUGAUUUCUGGGUAUAAUUCAAAUCAUUGUUAUACAGAAGCCAGGAAGAUUUUUUGUGAUUUAUGGGACUUGGGUGUUGAAGCGAGUGAAGUUACCUUCUCCAGCAUAUUGGAAACUUGCUAUAAAGAUGAACACCAAGAAAUGUUUAGACAAAUUCAUGGUGCUAUUGUCAAGUCUGGCUUCUCUUUCCAUGGAUAUGUUUGUAGCUUCUUAAUUAAGUGCUAUGUUAAAGUUGGACUACUGGAUGAUUCCUUUGAGUUUUUCAAUGGGUUUGAGACAUUAGAUGUGGAAUCUUGGGGGACUAUGAUAUCUGCUCUAGUGCAUCAGGGACAUCUCUUCGAAGCUAUCAAAUUUCUCAAGUCUCUGAGAGAAGCUGGUGGGAAACCUGAUGAGUUUAUUUUGGGCAGCAUUCUAAAUAGUUGUGCUGAUAAUGCAGGCUAUCAUUUAACUAAAUCUGUUCAUUCUGUUGUCAUCAAAAUGGGAUUUCACUCACAAGUAUUUGUUGUGAGUGCAGUUAUAGAUGCUUAUGCAAAAUGUGGGGACAUUGGAAGUGCACGGAUGACCUUUAGCCAGUCAUUUAGAUCUGGUGAUGUAGUUAUAUAUAAUGCCAUGAUCAUGGCUUGUGCUCAUCAUGGUCUGGACAAGGAAGCUAUGGGUUUCUUUGAGAAAAUGAAGUUGGCUCGUAUAAAGCCCAGCCAGGCCACAUAUGUGUCAGUUAUAGCAGCUUGUGCUCAUGUGGGUCAAGUUGAUCUAGGUCGUUUGUUGUUUGAAUCAAUUAACUCAGAUUCUAAGAUGGAACCAAUAUCUGAGGAUAUUUAUGGUUGCAUGGUUGAUAUGCUUUCGCGAAGUGGAUACCUCAAAGAUGCUAGACAAAUGAUUGAAGGAAUGCCUUAUUCUCCUUGGCCUGCUAUACUGAGGUCCUUGCUUAGUGGUUGUCGGAUACAUGGGAACAUAGAGUUGGGAGAAUGGACUGCUAAGAAGUUGGUUCAGUUGGUUCCAGAAAAUGAUGUACCUUAUGUACUACUGUCAAAGGUUUACUCUGAAGGGGGUAGUUGGGAAGAUGCUACAAAGAUAAGGAGGGAAAUGAUAGAAAGAGGUGUACUGAAAAAUACAGGAUGUAGUUGGAUCGAGGUAUAGCAAAAACUUAAUUUGACAGAAAAAUGGAACUGUGUCAUGAGAAAUGUUUAAUUUGCCACAAGAGUUGAUGGUCCGAAUACCAGACAACAAGUCUCUGGCAAGGGUCCUUAUCCCACUUCAGGUCUAGGCAAUAAAAGAGUAGUAGCAAAAGGAAAAGACCAACCACAAAAUACAUGUAAGAAGUCGGUGACUGGUCGAACUAAGUUAACAGGGGGUACCAACAACGCAAGGUGUGCAACUGCAAAUCCUUAUGCUCCACUGCUAUCAGCCAAAUGUUACUGAUGCAAUCAAUCAGGCCACGGUUCUAAUCAGUUUCCACCACAUGAAGUAAACUUGGCGAAUCAUGAAACUGAUGUGUAAAGGAUUUACUAAUAGUUCCUCAAGAUGGCAAUGAAUUAUGAAGACGAAGAUGUUUUGCUAGUUGUGAGAGACUGAUGUACAUGGCAAACCAAGAACUAAAUACAUUGUAUGCUUGAUAUUGGCAUGUAUGCUUGGUAUUAGCUUGUAUGCUUGAUAUUGGCAUGUAUGCUUGGUAUUGGCUUGUACGCUUGAUAAAGAAAAUUUCUUUUUCU